GUCAGGACUCUGGAAGACGUCUGAAAUGAUUGAAUAUUAAAUUGAAUGAAUCAAUUUAAAUUAAUUUUUUCUCUAUUAGGAAAAAUUUUUUUAAUUUACAAUGAUCGAAGAAUUAAUUACUAAAAGUUUCUAUCGGGUUAAAUGUACUUUCAGUAGAAUUGAAAUAGGACUAAUUUAAAUUUUAAAUAUAAGUGCUAAUUACAAUCAAUUAGGUAAACAAUUUUAUAAAUUCUUAUUUUGAUGGUCGUAUAUCAAUUCCAAUGUUCCUGGUUCCAUGUUACUAACAGAGUUAUGAAUGUAGUAACAUAAUCUUUAGUACAAAUUUCAUAAUCAUGAUGUUUAAAGCAAAAAUUUUAUUAAUUGGAAUCAUACUCACUUUGGUAAUCACUCUAUUAUUGUCACUGCUAUAUGUGCGAGAACUUGAGAAUGGCGGAAAUAUACGAUUACGAGAGCAGGCUUCUACUAUUUUUAAGGGCAAUAAACUUGGAGUCAUUAUACCAUUUAGAGACAGGUUUGAUGAGCUCCUAGCAUUUGUGCCACAUAUUCAUUCAUUCCUUAAAAACCAAGAUGUAAACCAUGAGAUAUUUGUCAUCAACCAAGUUGAUCAGUACCGUUUUAACAGAGGUUCAUUGAUCAAUGCUGGGUUUAAAGAAAUAAUGUCAACAUACAGCAUGAUUGAUUAUAUAGCUAUGCAUGAUGUUGAUCUAUUACCUCUUAACCCCGCACUCAACUAUCAUUAUCCUCCAACUGGCCAUGUUAACCACAUAGCUGCACCUCAUUUACAUCCACGAUACCAUUAUGCUUCAUUUGUAGGUGGUAUUCUACUUAUUACCAAAGAAGACUUUAAACAAAUUGAUGGCUUAAGUAACAAUUAUUGGGGUUGGGGACUUGAAGAUGAUGAGUUCUAUUUACGUCUUAAGGAAGCUAAGAUAGGUAUUCAUAGACCAGGAAAUUUAACAACAGGCACAUCAAGUACAUUCAGACACAAUCAUGAUCGAACUGUUAGAAAACGCGAUAUGACAAAAUGCUAUAACCAACGUGAGGUUACAAGAAAACGUGAUAGACACACUGGAUUACAUAAUGUUAACUAUUUUGUAAAAAAGAAACAUGAAUUGCUCAUAGAUGGUGUACCUACACUAGUAUUAGAUGUAGAAUUAAAAUGUAAUAAGACUUUAACACCUUGGUGCUUAUGUUCAGAGUAUGGUGUAAAAAAUACAAAAAAUUUAAAAAAGAGCAAGUAAAAUAUUAUAUUUAUAAUUCAACAAUUAAG